AUGUUACUACUGACACACAGCAAUGUUUCGCUAUCCCCGACUCUGGGCAUCGGAUCACAGCACAGAUACGCUUUUUCCAACGGUCGCUCUCAGGUGUGCCUCAAACUUUUCAACUCCUUCUCUGCUUCAAAGGACGCUCCGCUUACAUCCUGCGAGGAGAGUAUACGUGAUGUCCAGUGCUCAAUCACUCAAGCCGAGCUUGAAGUCCCGCCUUCAAGCAGGAAGCGGCCUACAAAGAGGCCACGAGAAGAAGAUACCACACUCACUCUGGAUGGUAUUACCGCAACUCAUAGACAGAAGGGCAAUGUUCAACAAGGCGGCAUCAUUGAUACGGGUAACAAGCUGCAGGAUGAAACGACUGCAGCAAGUAUUGUAAAAAGGCUCAUCGAUGGGAUUAAGGCAGUCCAAAAGGAAGUUAAUGUUCAUGGCUACAAGAAGUCGUACGAUACAUCUCAGACUGUAUCCGAUGAACUUUUGACAGGGACCGACAGUAUUAACCAACUUGGAAUGAAUCUGUGGAAUCAUUCAGACAAGGUGGAACAAAUGGCGGUGGAUGUUGUCUAUCUGGACCGCCUGUUAUCCUCGUACUGCCGUCUAUUUUUGAUAACAAGGCAGGAGCCAGUUGACUACGACCCAGAUCCAAUGGUCAAUGGCUUGUACGAAUUUCGCCAUUCGCUAGCUCUAGUGCUCUAUAGUGCAGUCUGCAGAGAAGAGAUUCAAGAUCACAAUACGCAACAAGUUGAAAGCCGGCAGGGAGACUUUGGAACGAACUCAGCAGCAGAGGGGCAGAAGCCGAGCACUAGCCACGCGCGAUCCGAUGAUGCCACGGGAUAUGGCUUACCACAGGAUUUUAGACAGUGCGAAACAACCACCCUCUUCCAACCAAGAGACAAUCUGGCAUGCAACGGGAUUUUGCUGCAAGAGUUCACCCCUCCGAGUUCUCGCGAAGACACUGAUCAGAACAACGCCAUGGCGGAUGCCAUGGCUGUGGGCACCAGCAUAGACUCUAACCCCUAUUACCCUACCGACCUUGACGAAGUGUUAUGCAAUUCCAACAUGAUAGAUUAUGACACCGAUUUUCUUGGAUUUCAGUAA